UUUCUCAAAUGUCCACAAUGCGUAUAAGCCUACUCAUUUUGGCUUUGGGCUUGGCUGUAGUGGCAGCUGGCCAUAGGAAUCCGCAAAGGAUUGUUGGCGGAUCGGAAACAACUAUCUCAGAGUAUCCGUUUAGCGUUUCUUUGCUGUAUUCUUUUGACAGUACAGCUUUCAUACAACUUUGCGGUGGAACUAUCUUGAAUAACAGAUCUAUUUUGAGCGCUGGUCAUUGUUUCUACUACUUAGAUUUAGAAUAUAGGUGGCGCAGUCGUGUUGGAUCUACGUACGCCAAUAGUGGGGGCGUCGUUCAUAGCACUAGCCGAAUCAUCAUUCAUCCCGAGCACAGAGAAGGACGCCACGACAUUGCUAUUUUGCAAGUUACUUCUGCCUUCGCGUUCAAUGACAACGUAAGACCUGCCAGUAUUGCUGGCGUUAACUACAACCUUCGAGACAAUGAAGUUGUUUGGGCUAUCGGAUGGGGUAACAUUUAUCACGGAGGACCAGCAUCAGAGGUACUGCGUCACGUUCAGAUAUGGACUAUAAAUCAAAACAAAUGCAGAGAACUUUAUGCACACGUUGACGUGUACAUCGAGGAUUACAUGUUGUGCUCCGGCUGGCUUGACGUCGGCGGCCGCGACCAGUGCAGCGGAGAUUCGGGCAGCCCUCUCCUCCACAACAACGUUGUUGUUGGUGUAUGUUCUGGUGGGCUUGAAUGUGCUAAUCCUAGAUACCCUGGAAUUAAUACGCGUGUUUCAUACUAUUCUACCUGGAUUCAGUCUAAUGCUUAAAUUUUUGUAAGAUCACUGUUUUAAAAUACGCAGCAAUUUUUGGAUUAUAAUUUUUGCCUUGUUAUUUUAAUUUAAUAUGACACCGCUGAAUGUGGUAGCUUCAGCUUCUUAAGCAUUGAAAGUGAAUUUAUUAUAAUCAUUAAAAUAAUCGAUAACACUA